CAAAGCGUAGACUUUAUCGUAUAUGUAGUGGAUGCGAAUUCCACAGUGAAUCUCGCUUCUCCCUCCUCACCAAACUUUGCCUGCAACAGUGUUGUUGUCACACUUUCGUGUUUAUAGCUGAGAAUCCAGUUUCCGCUUGCAAAUAUAUAUACGCCCUAACCUCCCCCACCAGACCAAGUAGCUCAUCUCGCCAUAACUUUACCCGCAGGUACCACAUACACGCACAUACGAUACCUCAUUGCAGGACUACAUUGAUUUAUACCAGAGCUACAAUAUUCCUUACUAUGCCAAAGGAAACAAAACAGCAGGCUACGCAGAUCAACUCUAUUUGGUUCGACGAAGCGGAUGCCAAGCACCGCCCCACACCUUCUUCCAAGUGGAUGCCCUUCCGCAGACUGAAGAUCAGCAACACCGCGACCAGCAACAAGAGAAGCUUGAACAUUACAGUCUCUUCGCCCUUCAACUUCAAUCAUUUGGCCCAUGUGGAUACCGAGAACAUGCCCAACGUGGCUAACGUCUUUUCAGAAAGGGACAUCGAGCAUCUCGGAUUGCGUGACCAUGAGCUACUCACAUCCAAGGAAGACAAGUUCUCCCACAGCCCUCCAACCCCAACCAAGUUCAGGGCAUAUUCCUCCUGUGUAACACCGCCAGUAAACUCCAGAAACAGCAGUCGCAGCAGCAAGGGAAGCCAAAUGACCGUCCCCGAAAGCCCUGUGUUCAGCGAACGUGACCGCCUGUCCACCUUUACCAACGCCACCGCCAUGUCCUACGACUCAGUCAGCCAACAGCAAUACUCCAAGACGCCGCUAUCGAAGUCCAACUCUUUCCAGUGCAGCCACAAGCCCAAGACGGCCUCCGGCGAUUCUAUAAAGUCUCUCAUGAUGCUAGAGCAGGAACAGCAGCGCCAGAGCUGCGACAAGUACAAGAGCGACUUGUGCUAUAGCUCGUCGAGUGUGGCAAAAGAUAGCGAGGAAAGCUUCCACUUUCCGGGUUCUUCUACAGUCGGUGAAGGCUGGUCCUCUCCACCCCCUGAGGGGUUCCUCAGAAGCUCCUGGUACGAAGAAACUCAUAUUGAUCCAAAAGCAGCUAUUCAUACAGCCAAAAACUCGGGAUGCGAGACACCAAAGCGUGGUGAAUUGAAUGCAAGUAUGUUGGGGACUCCAUUGUUGCCAAUGUAUCAAAGCUCCACCUCCCAGGUAACUCUCCUGCUUCAACAGCGGCAGGUACAACAGCAGCUGCAGCCACAGAAGAUGCGCAUUUCCCAGUACUUCCGCAUGUCCCAAGAUGAUUUUAUGAUGGAGAAACUCUCGGAGGUACUUGAUCAGACGUUUGGGUCGUUUGAUGAGGCAGAAAAUACGGAUGAUUUCUUUUCUGUGACCCCUCCUGAAAUAAAAAAGGACGAACAGGCACCUCGAUCCCCAACAUAUGAUCAAUUUAUCGAAACAUUGAGAAACGAAGAAGAUGAGAUGAUGGACUCCGAGAAGACAUGGAACAGUAUACGUGCUUCGAGAAAUAGCACCCACUCCAGACAGUUAGCCUCCAAUGCCAAAAAGGCCGCGAGCCAGAGUACGUUGGAUAAGGUUGACGAAUAAGAGGCUUAUAGAGGUUUUAUUAUAUGGCGUGAACUAACGGAUUUGCGUUGCUACAGAAAACUGUGUCAUGACUACACUUGAGAUAAUUAUUUGCUUCUCGUUUUUUUCUAUCUCAUUUUUUUUGGGUGUUGGUUGGUUAGUGCGGUUAAUAGACACUGAAAACUGGAUUCGUCAUAAUCCUUUCAUACCCGAACGAAUUUAAGCAAUGAGGGAUACUUCGUUCAACUGC